AUGGAGGCCGCUGGACUAGUGCUCGGUGCUGUCGCACUGAUCAAACCUAUAUGUUCCACGAUAGACAACACCCUGACCAACUACAGCAACUUCGGGAAGGAUGCUGACCGCCUCCGGCUGCGAUUUUCGAUUCAGCGAACCCGACUAGGCUCUAUGGAACGAGUUCUCUUUGAAGACAGCAAGUUCGCGCCGGCCAUGCCCGGUUGCUUAAUCGAGCAUCUGCCCAAGACGGUUUGCGAUGAUAUCCUGGGGCUGCUAAGAGAGCUCUAUGGACUCUUGAUGGAAUAUGCUGCGGUGAGAGGACAGUACAAAGUGCAGGACCGAGCUGAGAGCCUCGAACUUGGCGACUUGGCAUCCAUGUCGGAAGAGGACCGCGUCAAGAGUCUUUCAUCGUCAAAAAAGGAGUCGGCCAUUGCCCAGCAAAAAUCUGUGGGAUGGGCAAAGAAAAUGCUCUGGGUAGCCUUCGACAAAAACAGUACCGAGAAGCUUGUAUCUGAGUUCGAGGCUUGGACCGAAAGAAUACAGAACUUACUUGAGGCAGCGUGGUGGCCAUCGACUUUCUUUGAGACAUUAGAGAGGCUUCAGAAACUGGAAAAAGAUGUCGAUGCAGGAUCUAUAGGGCUUUUGCGAGGAAUUGAACUGCGGAAGCUGGUCAUCACCCCACCAGCAGACAUCUCCCCUGGAUCAUACGCCAAAGAAGCACUUUUGAACGACUUGUCCAUCAUGGCCAAAUUGCCCAACUUUGAGCUCGGAAAUCUCAAAGGCUCGGAUGGGUGCUACCUGGUAGAGUCGAAGGGUUACACACCAGACUCGGGCAGUGCUGUGAGUGCGGUCGUUAUUCGAGAACGCGUAAUUCAGUUGGCCGCCCUACUGCAUGAUGCUCCGUCGAGCGACCCAGCGUUGGCAGUCUUGCCAUGUACGCACUACUUUGAAGAUACGCCAGGCCAGAGGUUCGGUCUCUUAUUUAAGCUCCCAAAGCCUACUAAUCCAUCAAAACCGCCGCUUACUCUUUCAAACCUUCUCGACGAACGAUCUAAAGCAGGGCGGCCAUCCCUCUCCGCCAGAUUGCGCCUAGCACACAGUUUGGCAGCCUGCGUACAGAGGCUUCACACGUACUCUUGGGUCCACAAGUCUAUCCGCUCAGAGAAUAUUCUACUAUUUCCCGAACACGCUGGGAUGUCCACAAUACUCGAGGGCGCAAAACUGAUUGGGUUUGAAUACUCACGGCAAGACUCCGACUUUUCCGACCAGUUUGGCGAAUCAGAACUGAAACGAAACAUUUACCGGCAUCCAGAGAGAUGGGGUCAGCCUACGAAACGGUUCGGAAAGAUUCAUGAUGUCUAUGCUCUUGGUGUUGUCUUACUCGAGAUUGGGCUUUGGUCUCGCGCUGAUCAGAUUGAUAAGGGAGCUUUGGUAGCGCCAGAGAUGGAGGACAAGCCCACAACAACGGCCCAGACAAGACUCCUGAAACAUGCUGACCAAAGAUUGGCUUUCUUCGCUGGGGAAACAUUCCGAAAUGUUGUUGUUGGCUGUUUGGCUGGGAAGAUGGGCGAUAUCAGGGUGGUAGACUGUUUCCCUACGAUCGUAGAGAAUCUGGAGAAGCUGGCGAAUAGUGUUUUCUAA